AUGGCGGCCAUCACCGCCGUCAUCUACACCCUGGCCAGCGUGGCUCGCCUGGACUCCUAUGCCUCCUACUUCCUGCCCCUGCCCACCAUUCUGGUGGCACUGCGCCACGGCCACACCGCCGCGCUGAGGGCCGUCCUGGUCAGCGUCCUGCUGCUGCUGGUGCUGACGGGCCCGCUGCGUGCCGCCACCUUCCUGUGCAUGCACGGCGCCAUGGCCGUGGCCCUGGGCGUGGCCUGGGCCGCGCGCCUGCCCUGGGCGCUGAGCAUCCCGCUGGCCGCCGCGGCGCGCUGCACCGGGUACGCGGCCUACGUGGCGCUGUCCUCCUGGGCCACGGGCGAGGACCUGGUGGCGCUGCUCCUGGCCAACGUUCGGGCGCUGCUCGGCCAGGCCGCCGUGCUCCUGCGCGCACACGGCGCGCCCUCUGACGCCGCUGUGGCCGCCGCCAUCCUGGGCCUGCUGGCCGUCAACGCCGCGGUCUACGUCGCCCUGCUGCACCUCCUCUACGCCGUCAUGCUGGGGGCCAUGGGCCAGCCGCCCCCGGGCAGGGUGCCCGCCUGGGCCGGCAGGCUGGCACAGCGGGUGGCCUGA